AUUCGAGAGCGGGACGUUCAGCUUGCGAGCGGGAACUUCUUAGUCGUACACGGAGAAAGAAUGAUUUAAAAAUGGGUGAUGUUGAGAAGGGCAAGAAGAUUUUUGUUCAGAAGUGUGCCCAGUGCCAUACUGUGGAAAAGGGAGGCAAGCACAAGACUGUACUUCCCAAGAAGUACAUCCCUGGAACAAAAAUGAUCUUUGCUGGCAUUAAGAAGAAGGGAGAAAGGGCAGACUUGAUAGCUUAUCUCUAAAAAGCUACUAAUGAGUAGUAGUUGGCCACUGCCUUAUUUAUUAUGAAACAAAUGUCUCAUGACUUUUUAUGUGUACCAUAUUUAAAUUGAUCUCAUACACUAGAAUUCAGAUCAUGAA